ACGGCGAUGCUCAGUAAUGAGAGCAUCGAGGGGGAGUUCAAUUGAAAGAGCCUAAAAAAUGAGGAUGGAUUGAAGGGAGGUAUCGUCUCUUCUUUUUGUUCCUUCUUUUGAUUGUGACCUCAGUUUUCGCUUUUGCCUUUUUCUCUUUUCGGUGUUGGAGAUUGGGAUUAAGGUUUAUAGUCGUUGGAGGUUUCUUGAUUUGGAGUCAUCUGGCGGGCAGAGAUCUUGAUUUGGAAGCUUCAAAGUUGGCGCCUUUCUUUGGCAUCCGGCCGGAUUUGUCUGCUCCGCUGCGUCGAGCUGAGGACUAUUGCGGCGCAGAUUUGGGAAAAGAAGCGCGUCCUGAGCGGCGAAACGAGGGAAGGUUUGUAUUCUUGAUGGAUUUUUCACGCCUUUGGGGAGCUCAGGGUUCAUGUCUAUGAAAUCGAGGAAUUUGGAGGCUGUUGGGGAGCUCAGGGUGCUCGAAGAAUUUGGAGGCUGUUGUGCGCGAUUUCUGAGGGAUCAUCGUCGCUUUGGUUCUGAAGCAUUGGUCGAAUUUUAAAUCAUAGAUUGGGGGAAAACGGUGUUCUUUGUUUUGAGAUCGUCGUUACUAAGAAAGUUGAAGAGAUUUUCUUGACGCCUUUUGUCGACUCCCCGAUCAGAUUUCUGAGUUGAGGCUGCGGUGAAGCUCUUCCUGUUUGCUAGGGUUUUCGUCAUAUGAUUUGAGAAAUCAAAGAGUUUGUUACUAUACCAGAUUCACUUUCUUUUUUCCUGUCCGUUUCCUCGCCAAAAAAAGCAGUGAGAUCGACGAACAGUCGGGGAUUCGGGGAUAUAGAGGGGCAGUAAAGAACAAGGGAAAGCUGUACUUUCUUGUGGUUGGUCGAAGUGAAAUCAUCUCGUUUCAUCUAAAUAGGUCAAAAGUGUCCUUUCUCUUUGUUCUUGAUCUGAACACCGGAAACAACAGUUGGUAUGCGUGAAGAUGUUUGUUAUCUGCAUUUGCCUGGUCGAAUCAGUGUAUUAGUGAAGGAAAAGACAUCUCUUUCUUCUCUUUUUGCGACUCAUAAGAGUAGGUCUGGCUUCUGAGAAGUUGCUGUGGAGGCGAGGGCCUAGUCAAGAAGGUUGUGUUUGAGUAUAGCAGGAGAAAUGAGUGCCAACCAGCAGCAUCACAAGCGGGGGAAGACUGCUAAGGGCUUUGAUGCUACUGAGAAGGUUGUUGUUGCAGUCAAGGCCUCAAAAGAAAUCCCAAGAACAGCUCUUGUAUGGGCUUUAACGCAUGUUGUUCAGCCUGGUGAUUGCAUAAUGCUCUUAGUUGUGGUUUCACCCCACAGUCCUGGUAGAAAACUAUGGGGGUUCCCAAGAUUUGCUGGGGACUGUGCUAGUAGUCACAGGAAGUCCCAUUCUGGCACUGCUUUGGAGCAGAAGUCUGACAUAAGUAAUUCUUGUUCUCAGAUGAUGCUGCAACUUCAUGAUGUUUAUGAUUCAGAUAAGAUAAGUGUCAAGAUAAAGAUCGUCACUGGGUCACCUUGUGGUGUGGUGGCUGCAGAAUCCACACGAGUUCAGGCAAACUGGGUCGUACUAGACAAACAGCUGAAGCAUGAGCAGAAGCAUUGCAUUGACGAACUGCAAUGCAAUAUAGUUGUUAUGAAGCAUUCUCAACCUAAAGUUCUUCGCUUAAAUCUAGUAGGAUCUCAUGAGGAAGAGCCCCAGUUGCCUUCUAAGUUAGAUAAGACAAACACUGAUAAUGACAUCAAAGGUUCUCAGAAUUUCAGUAGAGGACCAGUUGUAACACCAACUAGUAGUCCUGAAUUAGAGACAUCAUUUACCACUACUGAAGCUGGGACCUUCUCGGUGUCAAGCUCAGAUCUUGGAAAUUCUCCCAUUUUUUCCACUGUUAAGAAAGAGGAGCAUACAAGUGUGAAGGAAAUCAGGAAUUUAGAUGUAUCUACCUCUGAUUCUGACAGUGAGAGUCUGAGUCAUACGAGAACAGAAUUUCAGCCCUGGAUGGCAGAGGUUUUUGGUAAUGGCUGCCCAUCUUCAAAGGAGAUUCAGGAAUUAUCACAUGCACUUGAUACCAAAGCUCGUAUUUCUACAACAAAAGCCUUGUUGGAUAAGUUUUCUAAGCUGGAUAACAAAUCUGAAAUUGGUUCUUUAAGUUACAGAUCAGAUUUAAACUUCAUUGGGAAUGUCAGAGAAGUAAUUUCUCUAUCUAGAAAUGCACCUCCAGGACCACCUCCUCUGUGUUCAAUAUGCCAGCACAAGGCACCUGUGUUCGGAAAGCCUCCUAGGUGGUUCAGCUACUCAGAGCUAGAACUUGCUACAGGUGGGUUUUCUCAAGCAAACUUCUUGGCUGAGGGUGGGUUUGGAUCUGUGCAUAGAGGUGUCCUGCCAGAUGGUCAAGCAAUUGCAGUCAAGCAACAUAAACUUGCUAGUUCCCAGGGUGAUCAAGAAUUCUGCUCGGAGGUGGAAGUUCUAAGCUGUGCACAACAUCGCAAUGUUGUGAUGUUGAUUGGAUUCUGUGUUGAAGACAGGAGAAGGUUGCUGGUUUAUGAAUAUAUUUGCAAUGGCUCAUUGGAUACUCAUCUUUAUGGUCGUAAUCGGGAACCUCUGGAAUGGUCUGCUAGACAAAAGAUUGCUGUAGGAGCUGCUCGGGGGUUGAGAUAUCUUCAUGAGGAGUGCAGAGUUGGUUGCAUAGUCCAUCGGGACAUGAGACCGAAUAACAUUCUUAUAACCCAUGAUUUUGAACCGUUGGUUGGUGAUUUUGGCCUAGCGAGAUGGCAGCCUGAUGGUGACCUUGGCGUGGAAACAAGAGUCAUAGGCACCUUUGGAUAUCUUGCUCCAGAAUAUGCCCAAAGUGGGCAAAUUACGGAAAAAGCUGAUGUGUAUUCCUUCGGGGUGGUACUAUUGGAGCUUGUUACUGGACGUAAAGCUGUUGAUAUUAAUCGACAAAAGGGCCAGCAGUGCCUGACUGAAUGGGCUCGGCCUUUGCUUGAAGAAGAUGCAAUCGUUGAGUUCGUAGACCCAUGCUUGGGGAACUGCUACUCUGAACACGAGGUCUCCUGCAUGUUGCAUGCUGCGUCAUUGUGCAUUAGGCGUGAUCCUCAGUCAAGACCUCGAAUGUCUCAGGUUCUUAGAAUAUUGGACGGAGAUGUGGUCAUGGAUUCAGGCUAUACUUCCACGCCUGCAUAUGCCAACGGAAACCGGAGUGGAUGGAUGUGGCCUGACCAGCAGCAGCAACAACUUAGCAUUCCAGUCAAACAGGCUAUACAGGUUUCGGCUGGCAGCAAAUCCUACGAGGCUUUACGGACAGCCUGGGAAAGAGAGAGGGAGAGUAUCUUGCAAAGAUGUUAAAGUUGGAACAGAACUAUUAUAUGCCUAUGUGCCGUGUGCAAUGUGUAUUCCCAUAGAUUGCUCUUUUAUUCUCCUUUUCGUGCUGUAUUCAUCACUAUAUCUGUAUCGUAUGUUAGCACAUUUUGUUAGGUUCUUUUGACUCUCAAUACGCUGCUACUAAUCAUGUCUAUGUUCAUGUUUGGAGAUGGAUCCCUUGAUAUAUGUAACCCUUGUGCA